UCGCUUGGAAGAAGCCAAGAAGGUUUCAGGUGGGUGAAACCUCCUAUUCCAUGCGUAAGGUGCCUCGCUGAAGGGAGCUCGAGGCCUGGAUCUAGGGCAGACACACACCUCCUCCUCCUCUUCCAGCAAGGAACGCACCGAAAAGUCACAUGAUGAGAAAUAUGGUAACGGGUUUGUAACUGCCACAGCAAAACCAUUUGCCUCCAUGCCUGAAUCUUCUGUCUUGUGGCUUCAGAAACAGCUUAAAAUAUCUAAUUACAAGCAAGUAAUGUAAGAAUAUAUUAUAUUAGUAGCCACAAAUUCUUUCAAAGAAGUAAAGUAAAAGUAAAUUAAAAUAUUUUUUUUAAGAAAUAAUUGGAGAUAGUUAAUAGUAAAAGCUUCUAACUCUUCUGGUUGUUCAUUUUUUUCCUUUUUUCUUCUUUGUUUGGAUUGCAGCGUUCUGCUCUUCUGAUGAUGCGCUGUGAUCCUGCAGUAGCGCAAAGGCUGCGCAGCGGUAACGCGCAUUGCGUGCGAUUAAGCCCUGGUGAACGGUUGACUAGAUGAUUAAUCUCUGGUUGGGUGACUGCCCAAGCUCCAGGCUGAAGCCUUUUGGAUAAAAUUGGGUUGUAACGCAUUUAGAGUCCAGAUAUCAAAUUUAACAUGCGAGUUUCUGUACAGGCCUGUCUGGUAGAUUAAUGAUUCUGGUUGGCCGUUCACUGGACCUAGGGGCAAUCAAUAGAGCAAAGCAGUUCGCAGCGAUAGCGUGGCGCCGUGCUGGUUAGGAUGCGCAGCGAUUUCUUGCGCUUGCAUUACAGGGACCUAAACCUUCAUGCAAUCCUGUCAUUUGAGGUUUUGAAGCUGCAGGUGAUUGAACUUGUUUGAAGAAACUGGGAAACAAGAUGUGGAUUUGGUGUGGCACCUUGACAAGGAAGAUUAAAACUGAAGAAUGCCUUAACCUUUUUCAGUAGUUUUUUUGUUUUUAAGUAAUUUCUACCUCGUUUAGAAUAUUUCACUAUUUACUGAUUUUAUUUCACAGUUAAGUUCUAUUUACACUGCAUUUUUUUUUAGUGCACUUACGGGUGGCAGAUAUUUCCACUUCAACUCUUUACGUUAUUUCCAAAACGAUGUCUGUGCUGACCUGGUGUCUAGAGGUGUGUUACCUUGAUAACAGCAUAACUGAAAAAUGGUGGGCUUGCACCUGGGUUUUGGUUUGCGCUGGCGCAGGAUCAACAACAGUUUGCAGCGCAUUAGUUCUCGCGCAAGCUAGCCUAUACUGCAGGGUCACUUUUGGCUGGUUAGAGAAUGCACACUAACAAAUUUUUUUUCUCAUUUUUUUCUUUUUACAAAUAUUCCCCUUCCCUUGUAUCUCUCUUCUUUAACUGUUCCAAGGCCUGUUACUUAAAGGCAAUUGAGACUCAACCAAACUUUGCAGUGGCUUGGAGUAAUCUUGGCUGUGUUUUCAAUGCCCAAGGAGAAAUUUGGCUUGCAAUUCAUCACUUUGAAAAGGCUGUAACACUUGACCCAAAUUUUUUGGAUGCUUAUAUCAAUCUGGGAAAUGUCCUGAAGGAAGCAAGAAUAUUUGACAGAGCUGUAGCAGCUUAUCUACGAGCCUUGAGUUUGAGUCCAAACCAUGCAGUUGUGCAUGGCAACCUUGCCUGUGUGUAUUAUGAGCAAGGACUAAUAGACCUGGCGAUAGACACUUACAGGAGGGCCAUUGAACUGCAACCCCACUUCCCUGAUGCCUACUGCAACUUGGCCAAUGCCUUGAAGGAGAAGGGCAGUGUGGUAGAAGCAGAAGAAUGCUACAACACAGCUCUUCGACUUUGUCCCACUCAUGCAGAUUCUCUCAACAAUCUAGCAAACAUCAAACGAGAACAGGGGAAUAUUGAGGAAGCUGUCCGUCUUUAUCGGAAGGCUCUUGAGGUGUUUCCAGAGUUUGCUGCUGCACAUUCAAAUCUAGCAAGUGUUCUGCAACAGCAAGGGAAGUUACAGGAAGCUCUGAUGCAUUACAAGGAGGCUAUUAGAAUCAGCCCCACAUUUGCAGAUGCUUAUUCUAAUAUGGGAAAUACUUUGAAGGAAAUGCAAGAUGUUCAAGGAGCUCUCCAGUGCUACACCCGUGCUAUUCAGAUAAACCCGGCAUUUGCUGAUGCCCACAGCAACCUGGCCUCUAUUCACAAGGAUUCAGGGAAUAUACCAGAAGCCAUUGCCUCUUACCGCACUGCUCUGAAACUGAAACCUGAUUUCCCAGAUGCCUACUGCAACUUGGCCCACUGUUUGCAGAUUGUCUGUGACUGGACAGACUAUGAUGAAAGAAUGAAGAAGCUGGUUAGCAUUGUAGCCGAUCAGCUGGAGAAAAACAGACUGCCUUCUGUCCACCCACAUCAUAGCAUGCUGUAUCCCCUUUCUCACAGUUUUAGGAAGGCUAUUGCUGAGAGACAUGGAAAUUUGUGUUUGGACAAGAUUAACGUUCUUCACAAGCCACCGUAUGAACAUCCCAAGGAUUUGAAGGCCAGUGAGGGUCGACUUCGUAUUGGCUAUGUGAGCUCUGAUUUUGGAAACCAUCCAACCUCACACCUAAUGCAGUCAAUCCCAGGCAUGCAUAACCCAGAAAAAUUUGAGGUAUUCUGUUAUGCUCUGAGUCCUGAUGAUGGUACCAACUUCCGUGUAAAAGUGAUGGCUGAAGCAAAUCAUUUUGUUGACUUAUCUCAGGACAGAGACUUAAUGAUUGAUGGAGAGAUUUUACCCCUUUGUCAAAAGGCUGUUCUGAUACCAUGUAAUGGAAAAGCAGCAGACCGCAUCCAUCAAGAUGGGAUACACAUUCUCAUUAAUAUGAAUGGUUACACCAAAGGAGCACGAAAUGAAUUAUUUGCCCUGAGACCAGCACCUGUUCAGGCGAUGUGGCUAGGGUACCCUGGAACCAGUGGGGCGUUGUUCAUGGAUUAUAUCAUCACGGAUAAAGAAACUUCCCCAGUUGAGGUGGCUGAGCAGUAUUCAGAGAAAUUAGCUUACAUGCCAAACACUUUCUUUAUUGGAGACCAUGCCAACAUGUUCCCACAUCUGAAGAAAAAAGCAGUCAUUGAUUUCAAGUCCAAUGGCCACAUUUAUGACAACAGAAUUGUUUUGAAUGGCAUUGACUUGAAGGCUUUCCUUGACAGCCUCCCCGAUGUCAAGAUUGUUAAGAUGAAGUGUCCCGACAGUUGUGACAAUGCAGAUGGCAAUGCCGCCCUCAGUAUGCCAGUCAUUCCUAUGAACACGAUUGCAGAAGCUGUGAUUGAGAUGAUAAAUCGUGGGCAAAUUCAGAUAACUAUCAAUGGAUUCAACAUCAGUAAUGGAUUAGCAACUACUCAGAUUAACAACAAAGCAGCGACUGGUGAAGAAGUUCCACGCACUAUAAUUGUUACUACACGCUCUCAGUAUGGCUUACCAGAAGAUGCUGUUGUGUACUGCAACUUCAAUCAGCUGUAUAAGAUUGAUCCUUCCACUUUACAGAUGUGGGCUAAUAUUCUAAAAAGAGUUCCAAACAGUGUGCUGUGGCUGCUGCGUUUCCCAGCUGUAGGAGAACCCAAUAUUCAGCAAUACGCACAAAACUUGGGUCUUUCCCAAAACCGAAUCAUCUUUUCUCCUGUUGCCCCUAAAGAAGAACAUGUGAGAAGAGGGCAGUUGGCUGACGUUUGCCUAGACACUCCGCUUUGCAAUGGGCACACGACUGGGAUGGAUGUGCUCUGGGCUGGCACUCCCAUGGUCACUAUGCCAGGGGAGACUCUUGCAUCUCGAGUUGCUGCCUCCCAGCUCACUUGCCUGGGUUGUCUUGAGCUCAUUGCAAAAAGUAGACAGGAAUAUGAGGACAUUGCUGUGAAACUGGGAACUGAUCUGGAAUACCUGAAAAAAAUACGUGGCAAAGUCUGGAAGCAGAGAAUAUCCAGUCCUUUGUUCAACACGAAACAGUACACAAUGGACCUGGAGCGGCUUUAUCUUCAGAUGUGGGAUCACUACGCUGCUGGCAACAAACCGGACCACAUGAUUAAGCCUGUAGAGGCCAGUGAAUCUGCAUGAAGAGAGACUCUGUGUGCCCACCCAGAACUCUCCGGGAACUGAGCCUCUUAAACACUUCUGCAGAGAUGAUGAGCUAAAGAACUGUGCAUUUCUACUUAACCUGCCUGGUACUCUGUGGCUGAAGUAAUACAAGGUGGUGAUUAAAGCACAGCCAGACUUAUUUCUUGCAUGAUAGGGAAAGACUCGAAACAGCCUGGGAUUCUUCUGUUCCAUGAGGAAUUUGAAUGGGAUUGAGCCGUGUACACGUGAGCCUGUGUGUAUGAGUGACAUAGUGGUUGCUGAGGGAAGUUUGAACUGCCCAACCAAUUACGAUUUCAUGGAUUGAUUUAAUCUUCCUAUGAAUUUCUCGUUUUAAUGUCGAUUGGGAAUUGGAGCGUUUUAACGUUUGAUUGGGGUACUCCUGUUGGUAUAUGUGUGGUUCUCCCAUGACAAGAUUUCCAGCUAGCGAGUGUUGUUCACUGCAUUAAUUUCUCAACUGUGUGGACUGAAAGGGCAUAUUUGCUGGUGUAGUCUUUUUUUAUAGGUUUUAUAAACCACUCGAGCCUAUAUCAGCCUUCUAAUGUUCGAUCUCUGUUUUGGAGCACUCUGUAAUGUGUUGGUUUAGAUAAGGACUUCGGUUUGUUUUGUUUCGUUUUUAAGCUUCUCCAAUAACUCAGCUAAUUGGCUUCACGAUGGCAGCUCCUGUUCUGUUGAAAAACCAAAUUUGAUUGGAAAUUAAUCCUCCCCACAAGUGUCUGAGGUAAAUACAAACUGGUGCCAAAUACAGAUCUUUCAGGAAAGAUUGUUAAUUAUGUAUAGAGGCGCAGUCCUAGGUACUGUAGCAAAGACUUUAAACAAAAAAAUAAAGCUUUGGUUUGCCAGUUUGAUGGA